AUGCAGAUAUUGUCACUCUCGUUGAUUCCAAGCCCACCGAUGUCGUCGCAUUUCGCUCCGGGGACCACCACCUCCAUUCGUUUAUCUUCUUUUUUAGCUGAAACUGGUACCUCAACAUUCAGCUCCCGAAACAAUGACCGUGAGCCGGUCGACUCCCCGAGUGAAGAUGCACAGGAUGUACAACCUCAAAGAACACUCCGCGCGCGGUCUUGUACCUCGAUGAUCAAAGACCAGACCAUUCGUUGGAAAUUAUUCAAUUUAACCUUCUCCACAGUCCUUCUUCUGAUAAAUAUCUCUAUCUAUAUUGCUUUUGUUGUUGUCCGCGCUAUCCAUGGGCCUUGGCUUUACAUUGUUUUGACCUUCAUACUUUUAACCCUUGGGGUUGUUUGGUGCCAUUCUCUAUGUCGCUUGAUUGUGGCGGUCUAUCAAUUUCCGAACCACGCCACCGAACCUAUACUGCAAAUAGGUACGGCGGAGGCUACUGGUUAUGCCCAGCCAGAACAGCCUAUCUUUGUUACCAUGGCAGGGGAUGAAGAGCACCUCGCUGAAAGUCGCACAAUUCCCGCCAUGAAGAUAGCUACUCCACCGCCAGCGUACGGACUAUGGAGAAGUAGUGUGAGGCUAAAUCCUGACUUACUCUACUGGCAACGUGUCGACAACCACCCACCUAUCUCUGACAUUGAGAGGGCCGAGGAAAGUUUGCACCGCAAGACUCAUGGACGCCGGCCACCAAGUUAUAUAUCUGACGACGGCAUUGACUAUGUUGUCGAAGCACAACCCAGAUCACUAGCAAGAUAUUCGCAGUGA